UACCGGCGUCCGCUCGCCGGCGCCAUUUCUGGAGAGGGGGACGGCGGUGCGGCCUGCCGUCAUGGCGCUGUUCCCGGCCUUUGCAGGCAUUGGUGAGACUUCCGGUAGCGGCAGCGCCAGGAAAGAAUUAGACUGGCUGAGCAACCCAAGCUUUUGUGCUGGAGCCAUAACCUCUCUGAGCCAACAAACUGAAGGGGCCACAGCCCUGGUUUCUGAAGGGUCACUUCUGACAAGGAGCCCUCUGAAAUCAGAGCCUUCGGAUGAAAGUGACACUAACAAAAAGCCCAAACAAACAAGCAGAAAAAAGAAGAAAGGGAAAAAGAAGAAAAGGAAGCAUCACCACAAGAAAACCAGGAGAAAACAUGGGCGGUCCAGUAGCAGUGGGUCUGAGCCAGAUAGUGAUUCUGAAAAGGAUAAAGCUUCCAGAAGCAUUAGAGACAGUAAAAAGGAAUCCGAGAAACCAAACCGAGAAGGGAACGCCGUCGCUGAUACUGGGCACCGCUGCGUCUGGCUUGAGGACGUUCAGGCUCUCACAGGGGAAACCUUCAGAACAGAUAAGAAACCGGAUCCUGCAAACUGGGAGUACAAGUCUCUCUACCGAGGAGAUAUAGCAAGAUACAAGAGGAAAGGAGACUCCUGCCUUGGCAUUAACCCUAAGAAGCAGUGCAUAUCCUGGGAGGGGGCUGCCACAGAAAAGAAGCACUCACACAAGCAUGUCGAGCGCUAUUUCACGAAGAAGAGCGUGGGACUGAUGAACAUUGACGGAGUCGCCGUUGGCGGUAAAACCGAACCUCCCUCAUCUGAGCCGGUCUCAUUUAUCCCAGUGAAGGGCUCGGAUGAUGUGGUUCCUCCUGUUACGACCUGGUUGAACCCUCUGGGGAUUUACGAUCAGUCCACCACGCAGUGGUUACAAGGACAGGGUCCUUCAGAGCAAGAAUCAAAGCAGCCAGACUCACAGACAGACAGAGAGCAUGCCCUGCUCAAGGCCAAAGUGGAGGAGUUUAACAGGAGAGUUCGGGAGAAUCCCCGGGAUAUUCAGCUGUGGAUGGCAUUUGUUGCUUUUCAGGACGAGGUCAUGAAGAGCCCUGGCCUGUAUGCCAUCGAGGAAGGAGAGCAGGAAAAGCGGCAGCGGUCUCUGAGGCUCGUUCUGGAGAAGAAGCUGGCCAUCCUGGAGCGGGCCAUCGAAAGCAACCAGAGCAGCGUGGACCUGAAACUCGCCAAGCUGAAGCUCUGCUCCGAGUUCUGGGAGCCCUCCGCCCUGGCCAAAGAGUGGCAGAAACUGAUCUUUCUGCAUCCCAACGAUACAGCCCUGUGGCAGAAAUACCUUUUAUUUUGCCAGAGCCAGUUUAGCACCUUUACGGUGUCAAAAAUUCACAGUCUGUACGGCAAGUGCUUGAGCACCUUGUCUGCCGUGAAGGACGGCAGCAUCUUAUCGCACCCCGCCCUGCCGGGCACCGAGGACGCCAUGUUUGGUCUCUUUCUUCAGCAGUGCCACUUCCUGCGGCAGGCUGGUCACUCUGAGAAGGCGGUCUCUCUGUUCCAGGCCAUGGUCGACUUCACCUUCUUCAAACCCGACAGUGUGAAAGACCUGCCCACCAAAGGACAGGUGGAAUUCUUUGAGCCCUUCUGGGACAGUGGGGAGCCCCGGGUUGGCGAGAAGGGCGCCCGAGGCUGGAGAGCGUGGAUGCACCAGCAGGAGCGGGGCGGCUGGGUGGUCAUCAGUCCAGAUGAUGAUGAUGAUGAGCCAGAAGAUGAGGACCAGGAAAUAAAAGAGAAGAGUCUGCCCAGGUGGCAGAUCUGGCUUGCCACCGAGCGGUCCCGAGACCAGAGGCACUGGCGGCCGUGGCGCCCUGAUAAGACCAAGAAGCAAACCGAGGAAGACUGUGAGGAUCCAGAGAGACAGGUGCUGUUUGAUGACAUCGCACAGUCUAUGAUCCGUCUUUCCAGCCAGGAUCUUCAGUUUCAGCUGGUUGCGGCCUUUCUGCAGUUCCUGGGCGUGCCUUCUGGCCUCAGCCCUCCAGCCUCCUGCCUCUACGUGGCCAUGGAUGAGAACAGCAUCUUCGAUGACGGGCUUCAUGACGAAAUGCCACUGACUUUUCUCAACCUUUCCUUUUCCGGUGUCAGCUGUGUUGGCUGCUCAGACCCACUGGGCCGCCGGCGCUGGACCCGGGGUCACAAUCGAGAGGGCGAGGAGUUCAUCCGCAACAUCUUUCACCUUGUGAUGCCUUUGUUUUCAGGCCGGGAGAGGUCUCAGCUCUGCUUCUCUUGGUUACGGUACGAGAUCGAGAAGGUCAUUUGGUGUCUGCACACUAAAAACAAGAAGAGGCUAAAGUCACAGGGAAAGAACUGCAAGAAACUAGCCAAAAAUCUCCUGAAGGAGCCAGAAAACCGCAACAAUUUUUGCCUCUGGAAGCAGUACGCACAUCUGGAGUGGCUGCUUGGCAACACCGAGGACGCCAGGAAGGUGUUCGAUGCGGCGCUCAGCAUGGCGGGGGGCAGAGACCUGAGGGACCGUGAGCUGUGUGAGCUCGGCCUCCUCUACGCCGGGCUGGAGGCGGAGCUGUUGCCGGACCCGAGAGGGGCCGCCACGGCGCGAGCCGUUCACGUACUGACCAGGCUGACGGAGCAGGGGCCCUGCGGGCCCUACUCCGGACAGGCGCUGGCUGUUCACAUCUUGAAAGCUCGGAAGGCGUACGAACACGCGCUGCAGGACUGUUUGGGCGACAGCUGUGUCUCUGCUCCGGCUCCCAGCGACUCCUUCGACCGCCUGACUAGCCUGGUGAAAUGCUUCAUGCUCUUUCAGUACUUGACCGUAGGGAUCGACGCGGCCGUGCGGGUGUACGACCAGGUGCUUGCAAAACUGAAGGGCUCUGUUCCUCCAGGGGGCUCCGGCCCGGAGGACGGUGCCCGCGCCCAGGGCCCCCACGGCGCGCUGGAGGCCGUGACGCUAAUGCACACGAGCCUGCUCAGGUUCCACACGAAAGUCAGCCUUUACCCCCUGGCUCCUCUGCGACAGGCUCUCUCCGAGGCGUUAAGGUUGUACCCAGGCAACCAGGUGCUUUGGCGGGCAUACGUGCAGAUUCAGAGCAGGUCCCACACAGCCAGUGAGACCAGAAGAUUUUUCGACGCGGUCACCAGGUCUACCAAACUCUUGGAGCCUUGGUUGUUUGCGAUCGAGGCCGAGAAAAUGAGGAAGAGACUGGUGGAAAGUGUUCAGAGGGUAGAUGGUAGAGAGGUCCACGCCACAAUUCCCGAGACCGGCUUGACACAUCGCAUCAGAGCCCUGUUUGAAAAUGCGUUGCGGAGCGACAACGGCAGCCAGUGCCCCUUACUGUGGAGGAUGUACCUGAAUUUUUUGGUUUCCUUAGGAAACAAAGAAAGGAGCAAAGGCGUGUUCUACAAAGCACUUCAGAAUUGUCCCUGGGCGAAGGUAAGUUCCAGAGCCCCCGAGAUCCGCACAUUCCCAGGGACCUUCCCGCCAAGCCUCGGUGCCCGCCCCUCUCUCGUGUCCUUGUGGACAGGGCCCAUGCCAGACCCUUUCAUCGUGCAGCUGUCCCCCGUGGAGCCUCAGCUGAUGGGCGAUUGUUUCCUUUCCUUGCGCGUUGCUGUGGGCAAGGGGGUCCGUCAUUUGCCCAAAGCUCAGCCCAGAUGCUGAAAGCAUUGGGGUCUGUGUCCCAAAGCCCGGUCAGGAGGUGUCAAACACAGGGACAGAGAUGUCCACCUAGUCCUGACCCCACUUCGGGAAGAGAAGGCUUUGCUGGAGUUCACCCCUUCCACCCCACUUCUGUGAGUUGGGCAUCCUGCCCAGUGAGGCCGAAGGGGAGCGCAGGCUGUGGGGGGCGGCGUGGGGGCAGCUGGCUAGCGCUGGACCCCUGGCCCUAGGUGCUGUACCUGGACGCCGUGGAGCACUUCCCCGAAGAGAUGCAAGAGGUCCUGGACCUGAUGACAGAGAAGGAGCUCCGGGUGCGCCUGCCCGUCGAGGAGCUGGCGCUUCUGCUGGAGGACUAGACCAGGAGGGAACGGGCCCUGCCUUCCGGGCCUCUCGCCUGCCCCGCCCCCGACCCCCCCACCGGAGCCGGGAUGCGCAGGACUGGGACGCAUGUGUGUGAGCAUGUGUCACGAGACCUCCGCUUUUCAAGUUUCUUAAUUCUUAGUAAUUUGGGUCUGGGUUAUCAGUCUUUUACCUCUUGCACAUUGUUUGGAUGUGUGAAGGACACAAAACCAUUGCUUACAUAUUGUAUAUGUGAAUGUGUGUACGUAGGGAACAAUCCUGCCAAGUGAAAACUAAACCCGUCGUGGCUGGUGUGCGGGAGGUCUGUUCCACUCCUCUGCCCGGCCGUGAACGUUCCCCACUGGCACCCUUGGUGGUCCUGCCGUCGUGGUAGGAAAGGUCUGGUUUCUGAGCACUCGGCCCUCUCCCCGCAGCUGGUGAGGAGAGCAGCUUUUGCCCUUAAGAGCCGUUUAAAACUUGGUGUUCUGGCCUCGCUCCCAUUUUAAAAGUUUCUCAUUAUUUGCUAGGCUCUUGAUGCCACCUCCCUUCUGUGGACCAGGAGCAUCACCUGGGGGCUUGUUAGAGAUGCAGCCUCUGGGCCCACCUCAGCCCUUCUGAGUCAGGGCCUGCACUUGAACAGGACCCCCUGGGGACUCAGGUGCACCAAGUGUGGGGGGCACUGCCCAAAGGACCCCUGCGGCAGGGGAGUGUGCAGGCGGCCAUCUGAGAAGUGCAGAGUGGAGCCAGCGCCUUCCCACCAAACCCACCCCUGCCUGGGGGCUGUGACACAGAGGCCCAGACCCAGACCUGCCAGGCCACAUUCUUGUUUUGAUUUCUGAGGGUAUGAAUGGAACGAAACGUAAAUAUCCACAUUCAGACCACUUUCUUCUGAAAAGGACACGCCUUGCAGUCAUUAUUAAGGACACUGAACUGGGAGGAAAUUGCUCUAUCUUCCCUGAGGUCCUGCUCUAAGAGAAACGCGGACAGCUGCUGACUCUAUCGUGAUCUCUAGAAUGGCUGAAGUUGUAUUUCUUUGGCAUCUCAUCCAGAGAAGCCCGUGUCGUGGAAGAGAAUCUUGCCUAGAAACCAGCGGACACUGGUUGGGGAGAAGGGCGGCGGGUCAGGGCACCCAAGGAAGGUGGCUGGCCAGCCAAGUGGACGCUUGCCUUGAUCUGUCCCGCUUCCUUCGCGGCUUCAAAACUGAACUGUUCAAGAGAGGGGAGAAGUGCCGGAAAUGGAUGAAGAAAGGGAGCCACGUUCCCGGGCCACAGAUGCCGUUACACCUGGAAACUUCGCGGCAACAGAGCACACGUCCAGUUCACCUACCUACACUGAGGAGAGAGCAUGCGUUCUGGCUAAAUGGAAAUCUCCCCAUUUACUGCAUUUAUUGUCUCGCAACACUUGCCAAAAGUAAAACAACCCACACAACAUGAUGUGAUAAAACCACAAUCUCAGCACUAAGUUUCUAUCUGGUUGUGACCCUCAGGAUAUUUCAAAUGGUUCAGCAAAAAAGAAAGUGAACAGAAUGAUAAAGCAAAGAGGUAAAACGGUAACACUUGGUGAACCGAGGUGAUGGGUAUGUGGGCAUUUACUAUUGUUGCAACUUUUCUGAAGACUUCAAAUUUCCUAAAAUACAAAGUUCAUGCAAAAUUUAAAAACUCUCUUUAAGUUGAAGUUACCGACAAAGACCCUAACCUAGUUCUACAGAUGCCAAUGAUACGCAAUUCAGUGCAGGCACCGGCGUGAAAAGGCCCCACACGCGCCGUCCCUACCUGACGGUGGCACUUACCCCUACCUGACAGAAACCCAGGUCCUCACAUACAGAGCAGGCUGGCCCCACACUCAGUGCUGCCGAGCCUCGCCCUAAUUCUGGUCAUCUGGGAAGAAACGUCCUCACGCGCACACACAACCAAGAGGUACAGUCCAGCCCAGGUUCUCACCUUGAUGUCGGCCCCAGAGAGGUCAUCUUUAGCCAUGAUCAAGUCGUCCAGGGUCACAUCAUCGGCCAGCGUCAUCCUGCUUGUGUGGAUCUGAAAGAUGCGCCUCUUGGUCUUUUCAUCGGGCAGGGGGAACUCAAUUUUCCUGUCAAUGCGGCCUGCGGGUAUAAAAGGUUUCCAGUCACACCCCUGUGGCUCCCCCCAGGCUCCGCUGUGGCUCGGGAAGCCUGUCUCCUCACACCUGCAGUUUCAGAGGGAAACUUCCCUUGUGGGAAGGGUCCAAAUCUUGAAAAGUGAACACUGCUCUUUGUAAAUACCCACGUUUGAAUUCAUCCCGUUUAAAAGAAAUCCUCUCUCCUCUGGUACCUUCAGAAACACACAAACUAGCUACUGCUGCUUUUGGUGCUACCCGAGUGCGAAAUUAACUGGAGCUACCAGAGGAGCUAUUUCUUCAGAAAAAAAGAGUAUUCAUUACGGGAAAGAGAAACGGUCACGACUUAAGACCGCGAUGACAAGGGCCACACUACACCUACUACAUCAUGCUCUUAGCCAUUACCUCAGUGGAACGCAGCUUUUGGGAAGUCAUUCUACACUUCAAUAAUGUACUUGCCUUGACGUGUAUCACUUUUAAAUCCCCCGAAAGUGCACUUAAACACGAACACAUAUAAACACACUCACUCUCCGUGAUGGGACAAAAGCAAAUCUGACCUGGUCUGAUAAGUGCUGGAUCCAAAGUUUCUAUCCGGUUUGUGGCCAUGAUAACUUUCACGUCACCCCUUGAAUCAAAUCCAUCCAACUGGUUCAACAGUUCCAACAUUGUUCGCUGGAUUUCUCUUUCACCACCGGAAUUUGAAUCGUAUCUUUGAAAAAGAAGAGAAGGGAUGAAAACCGAACUGAUCUCCUGCUGAAGGGGAAUUAUAAAAACACCUCUGAUGCCCUCAAUUCUAGCAACAAAAUCAGCACAGCCUCCCAACCACCACAUAAUCUUACUUAAACUGUAGAUGUUUUGUGCCUGAGAUGGCAUCAUUAAUUCAGAUUGCACGUUUGGUAUCUGAGCCCCCGACCCAACCAUGAGCUCCUGGAAAGCCUUGUGACAAUGGCUGCGUCCCCAGAGUGCAGAUGAUGCCUGGCUCAGAGGGAAACUCAAGGCAUGGCUGCACACUAAUCUCCAGACGGUCACGACUCCCGGGUGGUUGUCACCUGGCACCCCGGAGCAGAGCCUAAAGCGUCCACAGCCGCGUACAGAAGGAGCCAAGGCAAACCCAUGUGCGGGCCACGCAGGCAGUGCUCCGUGAUCAUUCUCAGACAAGAGCUACAAGGUCUUUACCUCUAAAUGACACAAAGAGAAAAAUGUACCUUUUUGUUCCAAUGGCAUCAAUUUCAUCGAUAAACACUAUGGAUGGCGCGUGUUCUUCUGCAACUCGAAAUAACUCCCGAACGAGUUUGGGCCCAUCACCUAGGUACUUCUGAAUAAGUUCAGAGCCAACCACUCUAAGGAAAGUGGCUGAGGUUUGGUUUGCUACUGCUUUGGCUAAUAAGGUUUUACCUAUUUUAGGUUAGAAAAAGAAAGACAAAGUGAAAAAACCCUCAAGUGCUGUCUUAACUUGAAAACCCUGUCACUACCACCUAAAACGGGCAUAAAAAACGGGCAGAUCCCUCCGAUGAAAAGGCAUGCCACCAUUCCAGUGUCUUGACAUUAUGUUCUCCAAGGCAGAUAAGAGGAAAUUCAGAACGUUCUGAUUAUUUUUAACCAUCUUCCUAAAGUCAUCAUCAUAGUGUCAGAAAAUACACUUUACUGGGUUAUUCGAACUUGCAUAGAAGUUGCAAGUUAUUAACCCGACGCAUGCCACCAGGGUUUGAGAUCCAAACUCUACUCUGUGAAACAAUCAGUGAUGGAAAAACGGCCUGAGAACCCUAGGUCUGACCUAAGGAAACACUCUUUAGCACCAGGCCUGCAGCCCCCGGGGCCACCUGAGGAGUCGUGGCUGUGCUGGCUGGGCUUCCCCGAGGCUCAGCUGAGACAGGGCCAGCUCCCAGUGAAACCCACAAAUGAUAGCUCUUCAGACUUUUCUCAGUCUCUGUUGUGUCCUUGUGAGGAACUUCCUCUCCCCAAUCUCAGGGAAGAUCUCAAACAUUUCCAGUCCUACCCCGUUCCUUGAGAUUUCUAUUUCAGGUCAAAACCAAGAGAUCUGGCAGCCAUUUUGUGAACUUUAGGGCUGGAAGACCUUGGCCCCUUUGAUGGUGAGUGAGGACAGGGGCACAGGGCCAAGCAGGAGCAUCAGGACACAGUGGCAGUUAGAGCAGGGCCGGUAAAGGACCAACCUUAGGCCCGCGGGGGAAGGGGAGGAGGCUGCCGGGGAGUAACACGGAAGACUUAGUUCAAGUGGAAAGAAGGACGAGGCUACAAGAUGUGGCCACGACAUCCUUAUGGUGAGACAGACAGAGGGCUGGGUGUGAAGGCUUAAAGUGCGGAGACUCCCCGAGAGAACCGACUAGGGCUGGUGAACAGAAGACAAAAAGGACCUAAGGGGGUGGCAUCUGUCAGUCCAGAAGCGGCCAAGGCCAGCUGCUGUGGCACUGCAGUAGCCAGAGGGCUCACCGAACCGGCUUCUUCCUCCUCCUGUCAGGCCCACCACCCUGUGCUUCACCCCAGCUCCUCAGAUCGGUCCCCAGCAGUGCACAUGCACCAAAGGAGGCCUCUCUUCCAGCCUCAGCCCUGUUGCCAGCUCACUCCCAGAGCGACCGCGGCCUUGGGCUAGUGGUCACUGGCCUGACACUUGAUUUCCUGGGCUGUAAGAGGACAGGCUGCAGAAGCUCCAUGCCUCCGGAGCUCGUCUCCACUUGUGUCCCAGUCCCUCCACUGUGGGCAGUCCCCAGUCCUCUCAGGAUCCUCCUGGGAACGUGGUUUCAAUUCACUCAAAUAACUGUGCUUCCUCUGGAAUUUACACAGCGAUGUACUAAGUCCUGGACUGUACAACUUACUCAGGUCAACUAGUCGCACGGUGAACCAAAUAUAUGUGUUUUUAUCUUCAUCUAUGUAUACAGUAUUAUAUUCAUUCAGUACCAAUGGACCAGAGAAUGAACCUAAUCUGAACAGCACAGAAUAGGUUUUAAAUCAGCGGUUCUCCACCAUGGUUCUGAUGUCUGGCCACACACUCCAGAUGCAGAUCGGGAUUUUCAGGGUGGGACCAAAUACUGGUAUUUUUUAAAGCUCCAGGGUCUGGGCUGAUGGCUCAGAGCCUGGAGCCUGUUUCCGAUUCUGUGUCUCCCUCUCUCUCUGCCCCUCCCCCGUUCAUGCUCUGUCUCUCUCUGUCCCAAAAAUAAAAAUAAACGUUGGAUAAAGAAAAUAAAGCUCCAGGGUGAUCCUAGUGUACAGCCAAGGUUGAGCAUCCUGGUUUAUUUCCUGUCUUCUAAAGUAUAUUUAAUAGACUCACACUAAUCUUGAAUCAUGAAUACUUGAAAGCCUUAUGUUUUACAGCAUGUAAAUGAGGUAUACAAGAGGAGUUCUAAGAAACUGUAAAUGCAUUCACACUGAGCAGGCAUUUGGGGUGGGGGCUGCCUACUGGUGUUAGUUUUUUGUUGCAAUUCCUACUACUGUUUUUAACACAUUAAGUCUGUUAAGUCUACAAUUUCAAGUCUAAGAUAAUUCAGUUUCUAGGCAUCUACUAUACAGAUAAAUAUACUUUUGUGUAAUAGGUAUGUUUCCGUAUUUAUUCCAGAAACGUCCAAAAUGCCGCUUAGAGAACUUUGUUUUAAACUAAGGAAUUGUGGCAUCAUUACUCAAGAAUUAAUUAUAACAAGCUAAUACUGCAGCUCAGGAGAUCAGCUGAGUGCCCAGAGAGUGUCAAACACGGAGCAUACGUACCUGUGCCAGGUGGUCCAUAGAGAAUGACCCCUUUUGGGGGCUUUAUACCCAUCUCUUCAUAAUAUUCAGGAUGAGUGAGAGGAAGCUCCACAGAUUCCUACAGAAAACAAACACUGGUAAAAAUAAAACGCUUUCCUACUAAAAUUACCAGAUCCAUUAACCGGCGUCAGGAAUACAGCUCACUUUCAACAAAAAUAAGCUAAAACCUCACUUACUACUGUUAGAGACACUGUGGGUGACUUCCUCUAGCAGCAAGGACACAUUGAAGAGGACCUCUGUCCCGCCUGAGCUGCCGCCCCCUGCCUAUUGCUCCCAAUUUCCCUCUAACUUUCCAGAAGCCAGCCUUGAGCAACAUUUAAUAAGCUCUUCCUGAGCAAAAGAACUUCAAGUGAAAAUACACCCUUUCCAUUUAAACUACAGACAGGAGCUGGGAUGAUUUUCUGAUUGCUGUUACACCGACGGACACGCUGGCUAGAGAUCGAGCUGUCUGAGAGGUGCCGAGUGGAGACCGGGGACAGCUGUGCAUGACCUCCCUACAGACGAGACGCCGUGCAGGUGGCUGGCCCACAGCCAACCUGAAUGACCACUGCACUUCCCCCGACUCACACUGUCCCCACAUCACUGGAGGUUUCCAGAUGGCCACAGCUGAAGUUAACACAGAUGGAAACAUUAUAUAUUCACACACACAAUAAACACUGCAUAUACAAAGGAUUAAGCUGCAGCUGCUGAAGCAACAAUCACCCAAUUUAUUUCCAUUACCUAACUCGGUAUUAACAGCUACAAAAGAGCACACUGGCAAGCUCUGUUACUGUUUGAUCAGUACAGAAAAAACAAAAUAUGCAAAAUAACUCUAAGCACCCUAAAUGAGGCAGCAGUAAGAAAUCUAAAGUCUAAAAACCCAGAGCCGGUGCCUAGACCUACCUUAAUUUCCUGGAUUUGGUUGUCCAACCCCCCAAUAUCAGCAUAGGUUUCCUGGGGGGCCUUUUCUACUUUCAUCACCGUGACCAAGGGAUCCGUGUCAUCCAUGAGCACCCCUAUGACGGCAUGUACCUACAGAGAACGUUAAGUUUUACUGCAGGGACGUGAGGUUUACACAAUCCAUUUACAACAGUGCAAUGCCAGUCACCAGAACGGCACGGAUAGGCGGAUCUGAAAGGAAGGAGAAAGCAUCCCUAAUUCGGGGCUUCGAGACCGGCAACUUGCCUUGUGGUUGAGCAGGACCGAACAGCCUGGCUCCAGCAGGUCCUUGUCUACAAAGGAGAGAAUGCUGACGUAGUGUUCUGAGCCCACAGACGUGGACACGAUGGCGUGAUUGUCAUCAAUGAUCUCUUCCAACGUUCCUACCGACAUCGGGGUCCCCCUCAGAUCAUCCACCUUUGAUCUCUCCUCCUAUGUAAGAGUAUGCCACGAAGGAAAAGCGGGUUAGACCUAAAAAGUAGACAAUGCUGACAGUUUUACUAGAGUUACUAGAUUUUACUACGUUUACAAAGCAGGUGGUGCUUUUAAAAGGCAGCUAAUUUAUGAUUCACAAGAGGCUGCACAGGUCAACUGCUUGAAUUUCACUUAUUCACUGAAUUCUAUUUAAUAACUAAAACCGUCAAUUUGUAAAAUCACAGUUACAGUAAUUUCUCAGUUUACCUCUUGCUUUUCUUCUAAAGGCUUCAUUUGUUCCUGAUUUCUAAUGAAUUCUUCCUCCAUGAGAAGAUAGUCUUUAAUUCUCUCUAACUUCAGUAAUUUUAAGCGGCACUGAGUGUGAGGUGUCACUGUAAUUAAAAAGGUUUUAUUGUAUGUGGAGCUUGACGUUCGCAAUGAAUUAAGUCCAUCCAUAAGAAAAAAAGGUUAAGACUUAAAAUAAGCCAAUAAGCAGGCGCCUAAAUGCAAAGGGAAGAGAGACUUUGGCAGUUCUAAGUAAGCAGGUAAAAACGGGACGAGUUCUAUGACCAGACAGCUAAUACAAAAUGACAUACACUAAGUGAACUGUCUUUAUAUAUAAGAAAAAAAGAACUCAAGGACCCAAAAGACAGUUUGCUUCGGUGUUUUAUUCCCCAUAGGUGCUAAUAAAAGUAGCUACAAGUGCUGUUCAGUCAGAAUACAUGCUGCAUGCUAGCUAGAACAAAAGCAUCCACUUGUAGGAGGACCGUGAGAUAUCAGUGGUAUUAACAUAGGCGGCAAACAUUUUUUCCACACUCUUCUGCGUUCUUUUGGCUUGAAGUCCCCUGCUGCACAGGAAUUUUAGCAUAUAUAGACAAAAAUGCCAAUCUUUUCUUUUGUGGUUCCUAGGUUUCUUCAAAAUGUCUCUCCUUCCCUGAGGUUAAAUAUAUUCCUGAAUUUUUGUUCAUUUACUUAUUUUCACGUCUGUACUACAUCUGGCAAAAAGGGAUCUAAUUUCAUUUUCCCUCAACAGCAAAUAAAAUAUGCCAGCCAUUUA